ACGGUGACGAAACGUUGUGGGUAUAAAGAGCAACGGGGCGCACUGACUCCACAAGCAAGUCGCUGUCGUCAAACGGAAAGAAACGCGCAUGAAGAUGAUUUCUCAUAUCCCGUUUUGCUGUUUAUCCGCAAUUUUAUUAUUUUCUUUAGGAACUGCAAAACCCGUCUUCAAUCUCCAGAGUUUGACGCAACUUUUGGAAGAGAAAAGUAACGCGCCUUAUUACACGCUCGAAGAAUCCGGGGCUACGGGGGAAGGUCAGAACGCGCAAAAGCCCGGGUUUGAUGCCGCGGGGCCGGAGCAGCCUUGGGACGCGGAGGACGCGACGAACUCCGCGCUGGAAGAUAACGCCAUCGCGCGUUUCCUCAAGGAUGUCAUAAGGACGUCCAAGCGCUCAUGGAACCGUUACAAGAAGGGCGGGCACCGGAGCUGCUUCGGGGUCCGGUUGGAGAGGAUCGGAUCCUUCAGCGGAAUGGGCUGCUGAGCACGAAGGAGGUGUGGCAGGCUCGCAAGCUACGACACAGAGAGAGAGAGAGAGAGAGAGAGAGAUGGAGGUGGACGUGGAUGUAAAUCGAUACUCGAUGCGAUAAUCGAUACGUUUACAAAGGGGCGUUGGUCGUGUACGUUACUGAAGCCUGAUCAUUUGCAUAUGUGAAUAUUUGAUGGUUUCAUUGCAUGGUUUCCCUCUUUUCAUUUCAUAUUUAAAAUUAAAGACUAGCUGUUAUUAUAAAUGUAUUUAUUUAUUUUCUUGUAAGAUGACUUGGGCAAGACCUGAAUGUUGUCUGUAAUGAAGUGAAAUACAUAUUUUGCAUAAUAUUGCAA